AUGGCUAUCACAGCAUCAGCCACUCUUGCCCACCACUCCAGCAACGCCAAAAUGCCUUCUGCAUCCCCCAUCAUCACUGCCACGCACCUCUUGAACGCGAGUAAACAUGACAUCGCAAUGCUGCACGACAUCCACACUCUCCUCAACAAAAUCUUCAUCCGCAACCGGAAUCAGCACCAGCGCAGCACGUGGUGGAAAGCGCUACAUGCGUUCCGCAAGCAGAUUGCUCUCUUGCUAAGUGAGCUUGAGACAAGCAAGAUGAAUGAACGGGAGGCAAAGCUUGAAGCGAGGUUGAGGUAUUGGGAUGACAGGGUUAUGCAUGCUUGGUACUACCAGUUCAGCCAGCUUGUUGCUGUGGGUCCGUUUGCCAUGCUAGGCCUUGUUAUGAUGGCGUCGGUUGCGCGCGUGUGCAGGAUCGUGGGCAUUACGGCAGUGUAUGAAGAGAUUGCUUCCGGGGAUGUGCAAGGUGUGUUGAGCGCGAGCGAUGAGUUGGCUUUGGCGGAUGAGUUUAGCACCGUGUUGGAUAAGGAUGAGGAGUGGGAUGAGGGGGUUGUGGUGGCGAGGGUGUGUGAUGACGACGAUGAUGAUGAUGAUGAUGAUGAGGAUGAGGAUGAGUAG